CCGAAUGGAAUAAUACUUGACAGCAGGCACUGAGACAGUCACACCGCAUUGUCAGUCUAUACCUAUUUUUCAAACUUAGAUGGAUUGGGAAUCCACUGAAUGACAGUAUGGCUGCAAAGAUGUACGAAGUUCUUAAGAAAAUAUUUAAACAUGACGACUUUAAGUCAGAUCUGCAGAAAAAGGCUGUAAAAUGUGUCCUAGAAGGUAAGAAUGAUGUCUUCAUAUCCAUGCCCACUGGAGCUGGAAAGUCGCUGUGCUACCAACUUCCAGCUGUUGCAUCUCCUGGUAUAACUGUGGUUGUCUCCCCAUUGAUAGCACUGAUGCAGGAUCAACUUGAACAUUUGGAGAUACUCAAAAUUCCAGCAGAGACAAUCAACAGUAAAAUGACAACUAAACAAAGAGCAAAGGUAGUCGAAGAUCUAAACAGAGCAAAACCCAAAACUAAGCUUCUAUAUAUAACUCCUGAACAAGCUGCAUCAGAAGGGUGUCGUACCCUGAUUGAAGGACUUGUCAAAAGGCAGAUGUUGACAUAUUUUGUGGUAGAUGAAGCUCAUUGUGUUUCUCAGUGGGGACAUGACUUCAGACCAGACUACUUAAAGCUGGGCUCCUUCAGGAAAAUCAUGCCCAAUGUGCCAUGUGUUGCAUUGACUGCCACAGCAACAGCUCAGACUAUAGAAGACAUUGUACAACAGCUGAAACUCAAAAAUCAGCUAACCAAGUUCAAAACAAGCUGCUUCAGAUCUAAUAUUUACUAUGACAUUGUUAUGAAAGAUGUUGUUCAUGAUCCAUAUGAGGAUUUGAUGAAAUUUGGGUUGACAUCCCUUGGAAGGGAAAUGUUUACUAAGGAAGAUAAUUCUCUUAUAGAAAAUUGGUCAGAAUUUGGCUGUGGUAUUGUCUACUGCCGAACAAGAGAUGCCUGUGCUGAGGUAGCAUCUCAUUUAACAAGAAAAGGCAUUCUGACGAAGCCUUACCAUGCAGGACUGAAGGCUGACGUCAGGGAGACAGUACAGAGUGACUGGAUGGAGGGCAGGUUCCCUGUUAUUGCAGCCACCAUAAGCUUUGGAAUGGGAGUGGACAAACCUAAUGUCAGAUUUGUUGCUCAUUGGACAAUUCCAAAAUCCAUGUCAGGUUACUACCAGGAAUCUGGGCGGGCUGGAAGGGAUGGUGCACAAUCAUUUUGUAGAUUGUAUUAUUCCAAGCGAGAAAUGGACACAGUGGCAUUCCUCAUCAACAAGGAAAACUCCAAAUUUACAAAAAACACAGAAGCUCGAAAGAUAAGGAAAAAGGCUGCUGAGAGUGGCUUUGAUGCCAUUGUUAAAUAUUGUGAAAAUUUAAGCUGCCGACAUUGGUCUAUUGCCAAAUAUUUUGGAGAUGAAAAACCAGAAUGCAAUAAAUCAUGUGAUUGCUGCGCAGAUCUUAAAAAAGUGGAGAGAGCAGUCGAAGACAUGAAAAGAAGUGCAUUUGGAAGUAUGAAGAAAGGAGUUCCUGGGGGUGCUAUUUACACGGUAUCAGAAGAUGACCUAGAGAUGUAUGGGGGAGGAAGGAAAGGGCAAAAGAGGGAAUUUGAUGAAUAUGAUGAGGAUGACGAGUUCUCCGAGUAUCACCGAGACCUGCAGGAUCAGGAAGUGGAGAAGAGACAGAGACGUGCCCUUAUUACUAAGGAGUUUAGGAAACGCAAGGCCACUGUAGAGGGAGAGGUUUCCAAAGACUUUGUUCCUCCCAAUGAAGAUUGUCCUUUGAAAGAUCCUGCCAGCCAGAGGAUUCCAAAACUGACUGUCAAGAUUAGAGAACAUUGCUUAGGAAUGAUUGAAGAAGCUUUGAAAAAUAACUACAUAAGGUACUAUGCUGACAUUUCUACCAAACUAGCUGCAUCAGAGUAUGUCCCAAAGUGCUGUGCUAUUGAUGCUGAAUACCAAGUGUUUAAAACCAAUAAAUUAGCAAACAUGUAUAAAACAUCAAUUAUGAAAGCCAUUAAUGACAUCAAGAAAUGCACUGGUUCAAAGGAGCUUCAUGAUUCUUUAGUUCAAGGAAGUGAGGGACAGGAUAAUGCUGAACUUCAGACAAAAGACAGGGACUUAGGUAAGGAUUCACUGCCAAAACUGCCAGAAUUUUCUGUCUUCAUAGAUCAGGAAAAGGAUUACCCAAAAGGUGAUUUCUCUAUCAGUGCAAGUGGUCAAGCGAAACAAAACUUGCCAUCAUCUAAUUUGUACUGUGAAUCUCCUUGUGAUAUGCCAACUUCAAAAGUAGAAAGUUUUCCUUCAUCAUCACUGGGUUCAAAAACUUUCAGCACCCAAUUUCUUAAAGCAAGUGAGUUAUUGAAUGUACAGACUUCUAAUCAGCAGAAUACCAGUAAAUCUACCUCAAUUCCCAAAAUCUUUAACAAACCACCAGUGCCAAAAAUAACAUAUUUCUUUGAACGUGCCAAAAUCUCAGAGGGAAAAGAUAAAAACUGUGAAACAGAUGAGAAGAAAUCUUCAGCAGAAAAUGGUACAUGUAGCGCAAGAAAUGAAAAGAACUGUACUGGUAAAAGUGAAGUGUCAGGAAAUGUGAAAGCCACUCAGAGAACCUUUAAGAGACAGAUCACUCCUCAAGACGAGACACAUCUAGAAAAGAAGAGGCCAAAACUUGAUAUGCCCUCUAUGUCGAAUUCCCAGCUGAAGAAAACAGCAGAUGUGGUUGUACGCUAUUUAUCUCCAUACUACAAAGAUGGGCAUAUUGUUUCAAAGGAGAUCUUUAAGACAAUGGCAAGAACCCUGUCUCAUAGAGUCCAGUCUUUGUGUCAGAGUGAGGAGCAAGAUGUUGAAGUUGUAAAGUUAACAGGAAGGCCAGAGCCAGGACAAAAGCAGCGAAAGCCACUGCCACCAGAAUUAGCAGAUGAUCCAAGAUUUUAUGUACCUCCUAAAGGAGAGGAAAAGAAAAAUUAUAGAGAAACACCAGCAUUCCUUUACAACAGAAACUGCAGAUUCAUAGAAGGGACAAAACAGGCUUGUUUUUUGACAAAAUCAGUAAGAUAUGAUGGAAUGCCAGAAAGUGUGCGCCAACUUAUUGACAAAUUUGAAGUUCCAGACGAGUCCAGGCUAGUGCAGAAAGCUAUUUUAAAAUCACAGAUCUGGGACUCAACAAGAGAAAAACUCCCAAAGAGACGUGAUCCAGAAUACCCAAGAUAUAAAAUUGACAGAGAAUAUGGAAUUCCAUUAGAAAAAAGGCUAAAUAUGCUGUCCUUUGAUCUUCUUCGCAUGGCUGACACUGCCAUUGCCUCCCAGUAUCCUGAGAUUGGUAGAAGCAGAAGGUUGAUAUUUUAUCCCAAUGGAAUGGCAACUUUCUUCAAAUACAGUGACUCUCUCCUAAGUUUUUACCUGGGUAUUGAUGCAGCUAUCACUUCAACCUCUCCGUUGCCUCCGUUUGUGCCAGAGGAGCUAGUGGAAUCGUCCAGUAGUGAAGCGAUACCCUCCUUAUACCCCAUCUCACCAACGAUUGAUUUUUUAAAGACAAAUAACUACAACUUAAAGAACUCCAUAGGCUUUUCUGAGAUCAGCUGUAAAUUUCCUCAUACUCUUAUUCUGUUGAAUAAUGAUGAUUGGAGUGAGGAUGAACGUCAAGCACGGGCUCUAGUGACCGCCAUGGGACUAGCAGUGGCACAAGUGAAAAAGACCUACCCUGGUAUUAAAGAUCGCCUUCCAACACCAAUCUCUGUUCAAGUGAUCAACAUGAGCGAAACAACUAUGAACUUCACAUACUUUCAAUUGAACACUAUUGAUUUUGAUAAUUCUGAAGCUGGUGUGAAAAAUUUUGUAUGGUUUGACACUGGGAAUGUUUUGUUUGAAAGACGUUUGCCCCAGCCAUGGAAAAGGGAUAAAAUCUUAGGAACUAGUUUGGAGAAUCUGGACUUGGAUCCAUUUAAGAAACUUCUUGCUACAGUUGGCAAUUGUGCAGAAUUAGAAGAUUCAUCCACACAGUUUAAGGAAAAGCUAAUAGAGCUCUAACGAAAUAAAGAAACUGGUGUGCUUUC